AUGGGUCUUGCCACCCCAACAGCACCCUUGCGAAGGUUGUUGGCGUUCAUCCGAGAAGUUUGCCCCGAGAUAGUCCACCAAACCGACGUCUAUGGACGCACGUUUAUCCACCGGGCUUAUAGCAUUGUCCGAAACCGUGAGCCCCUGGCUGCCCUCCUGGUUCCGUUCAACACACAUUUGUCGUCGCGCCGUGACGCCUUCGGCUUCAACCCUCUCUCUCAAAACAAGGCGGAGUCCGUCUUUCUCCCCCCUCGCCGCGCAGGUGGUUUUCAGGUCAGCACGCAGAGAGAAGAGCUUGGACCGUUCCGAUCGACGAGCCGACCUCCGUCCUCCAGCGAAGACGACUCAUUUGUGGCCUAUCAUGCUCGUCUUGUCGAGGUAAUCUGGUCCUCGUACAACAAUCCGCGCAUCGAAGACAGCGAGGGUCGCAAUGGUCUACACUGCCUCGCCGAAGCAAUUAUCAACCCGCAGACCAUGGACCGUCAUAUGCAACGACCCAACCUCAAAAGGAAGCUCAGCACCAAGGACAUAACAGUCAGCACUUCCCCUCCCACAACCGCGAGCACUUCAUCCCAGAGACCACCCCCGUCCUCGUCUAAUCCUGGCCCAACGAUCACAACGCCAAUCCCUUUCACGGCCGCUACGGCAGACGAAGGUACCCUCUCGACCCGUCUGCGCCAUCUGCACUCCCUCCUCGACCCCACCGUUGGUGUCGACCCAACCCACUACGACCGUUUCGGCACCACGCCCCUCAUGGCCUUCGUCGAGCACAUCCCCGACCACCACGACGACAAGGCCAAGACCCUCCAAACCCUCCUCGAAACCCUCGUCGGCCGCAGCACCUUAGGCUUCCCAUCCCCCAACAUGAACAAUACCAGCGACACAUCAUCUCACCCCGCAGCUCCAGGACCGUCCCCCAUCCUAGAAGCCCGCAACCGUCGAGGCGAGACCGCGCUGCUCGUUGCCGCCCGCUUGGGGCGUAAAGUCGCGCUUGCGACGCUGCUCGAGCUGGGCGCUAACGUAGGGGUCAGGGACGUGGAAGGGAGAGGAGUGCUGGAGGUGAUUGAUGACGAGAUUGGCAGUGCUCGGGCGAGGGCGGAUGUGUGUUUAUAUGCGCGGCUCGAGGCCUGUCGGGCGUUGCUGACGGGGCGGAGAGAGUGGGGGGUGAGGUAUCAGCGGGGGAGGGGUGUGGAGGGAUCAGUAGGGCUGGUGCAAGGUGGGAGUGUUGAAGGGGCUGAUCGGGGGGCGGGGGUCUGUGAAGAGUGGAGGGUUAGGGUUUGA